GGUUGCAGAGGUCACCAAGGCUCAGGCAGUGCUUCCCUGCUCUCGCUCUCUCCCCCAGCCCUCCCUCCUAAUCCUUGUUGUGUGUGUGUGUGGCAGACAAAUGCCAAAGCGAGAGGGAACGGAUGGCGGAUUGCACACACAUUAGGCAGCCUGGGAUGCUUUCUUUUUCUUCUUCGGGCUGCAGGGAGGGCUCUGUUCCAGACAUGAGUGGGGAGAAACCUAAAAAGAAAGCCUUCUAUCUAGUGAGGAUGAAGCCACUGAAGGAGCCCGCUACUAACAGCAAUGUAUCUUUUGUGAUACACUGUCACAUAGGCAAGGAGAUCAAACACAUAUGCAGCAACUGCAGUCGUGGGGAGGAAGCCCGUGACGCUGAGGAAGUGGAAAGACUGGCUGCAAUGCGUUCAGACUCUCUAGUACCAGGAACCCACACACCUCCAAUCAGGAGAAGAAGCAAAUUUGCCACUCUAGGAAGGAUUUUCAAACCCUGGAAAUGGAGGAAGAAGAAGAGUGAAAAAUUCAAACAUACGUCAGCAGCGUUGGAAAGAAAGAUAUCAAUGAGGCAAAGCAGGGAAGAGCUUAUAAAACGAGGAGUUCUGAAGGAAAUCUUUGAUAAAGAUGGAGAACUUUCCAUACCAAAUGAAGAAGGAGCUUUAGAGAAUGGGCAGGCUCUGGGCUCUGGACAAGCUAUGGGCUCCAGCCAAGCUUCACUGUCAUCCCUAGCAGAAUUGGAAUCAGGCUCAGCAUCUGGGGAACCCUGUACAUAUGAGGUGCUCCCAACCACAGAGAUCAUGGAUGGGACAGUGUCUGAAGAGAGCCCCACUUCCAGUGAGUCUGGAGUCCUCCUGUCCCAAGAUCCUUCAGCUAAACCAGUCCUGCUACUUCCCCCCAAAAAAUCUGCUGCUUUCCUUGGAGACCAUGAGGACACCCCAAUGAAACAGUUGUCCCUCCUCAAACAGCCCCCUGCCCUGCCUCCUAAACCCAUUGCCAGGAUUGCCAAUCACUUAACUGAUCCUGGCGCGCCUGUGAAACUGCCUUGUAUGCCAGUUAAACUGUCGCCUCCGCUACCUCCAAAGAAAGUCAUGAUAUGCAUGCCUUUAGGGGGGCCAGACCUCUCUCUCGCAUCUUAUUCCACACAGAAGAGCUCCCAGCAGCCCUUGGCUCAGCACCAUCACACUGUACUGCCAUCCCAGUUAGCAGCCCACCAGCACCAGCUUCAGUAUGGCAGCCACAGCCAGCACCUGCCUUCUGGAUCCAGCUCAUUACCCAUUCACCCUUCUGGAUGCCGGAUGAUAGAGGAAUUGAACAAGACACUGGCCAUGACCAUGCAGAGGCUAGAAAGCUCUGGUUUACACUCUGGUGACAGUGUCAUGAAAACAGGACCUGGCGGCCUUUCAGACAUGAGACAAGUGCCAACUGUUGUGAUCGAAUGUGAUGACAAUAAAGAAAAUGUGCCUCAUGAAUCUGACUAUGAAGAUUCUUCCUGCCUUUAUACAAGAGAGGAAGAAGAAGAGGAGGAGGAUGAAGAUGAUGACAGUUCAUUAUUUACAAGUUCUCUGGCAAUGAAAGUCUGCAGGAAGGAUUCCUUAGCAAUCAAACUUAGUAACAGGCCCUCCAAAAGAGAACUGGAGGAGAAGAACAUCCUCCCAAUGCAGACUGAUGAGGAAAGACUUGAACUGAGGCAGCAGAUUGGAACAAAGCUAACAAGACGACUGAGCCAGAGACCAACUGCUGAAGAAUUGGAGCAGAGGAACAUUUUGAAACCUCGGAACGAGCAAGAGGAGCAGGAGGAGAAACGGGAGAUAAAGAGAAGAUUAACACGUAAGACAAAUCACAAUGUGCUCUGGUGAGCCCAGCAUAGAAGUUUCUCUGAAAUUCUUUGGGAGAUUUUUGCAUAUGAACUCAUGGAUUUGGGCCCUAAAUAGAGAGGUGACUUAUCUAUUCUCAUGUCUUUAAAUAAUAGUUCUAGUAACAGCUUGUAACUGUGGAUAAUUACACAGUGCUUCACUAAUAAUGAAUUUUAUCAUCUGCAAACAGACUGUGUCCCUGUAAAUAACAAAAGCUCAGCAAUCAUGAGAGGAAGGGAAUAAAUUCUGAGAGUAGAUAACUAAUGAUUAGAAAUGCCAGGUACCUGGUGAAUUUCACAAAGAUUGCAGCUGGUCCCUAGCUAUCACCUUUCUGAGCAUGGCCCAAAUAUGUCUCAGCAUCUUGAACAGAGUGGCAGGUUUCUUCUGCCCAUCCUUACUGAAGUCUUAUUAGCAAAGGGAGCUAAACCUGAAUUUAGGAAGAGUCUAACUGAUCUUUUCAAAUAAUCAUCCCGCUAGACCUGCCUGGUUAUCGUGGAUUUUGAUGCAUGCACCUGCACAUGCAUACAGAGGGUAAAUUCAAGGUGAAGAAAUGCGUGCAGCAUUAUAUUCAAAUAACUCUGUAUGUCCACCAGCAGCGAGGAAAGGCAGAUCUGUAGAGCCCAUUCUGAAGUCUCUUCGCUGUAAAAGCAUCAAACUACGCAAAUUAUAACGUGCAUCCUGGUUUUUGCAGGACCACCCUGAAGUCAGUGGAACAGUCCCACUUCAUAUGUUGAAGUACCCUUAAUAAUCUCUGUGCUGACAUUUUGUCACUGCAGGUGACAUCGUGGUACAAUGUCAUACUAUAAUGGGUAAGAUUACCUUACCAAUUCUAGAUGGCUUACUAGAGAUGACAAUAAAUACCUAGGCAGACAGUCUUUAAAAAAUGAGACAACCUGUAUUAGCUGCCUCCUUUUCAUCCUUAUAAAGCCCUCCAGCUCCAGUCUCACUAGUGGUGGCAGCUGCUUUUUAAAGAUCUAAGGGGAGGCAAGUCCACAGUGUCGUAGUGCCCUGUUUAACCAGGACUCUUCUUUCAGCACUCUGUAUGAAUGAAUACUGCCUGACAGAUUGCCUAAAGUGUGAAUGUGCAGAAACUACUCAAAAAAGUAAUAAAGUUUUAUCACAUAUAACCAGAUUUCUUCAGAGUCACACUCUACUACCACCAUACCUGUAUGCACAUCCACCCCUUCCCCUCUUCCUUAGGUUUCUGAUUUCAGCUUUGGACCAGAGGAGGUGUUAGAAGGAACUCAAGUAGUUUGCAUGCCAAGCCUCCCUUCUCAGCCCCAGCUUCUGAUCAUUAAGACCUUUGAAGGGAGCAAUAAGCGAACAUAGGUCUGCCCCAGUAAGCAAUGCAACUAUUAAGUUCACUGGUUCAAGCUGUGCCAUUGGCACAUCCCAAGAGUGUGACUGUGCAAAUGUCAUUUCAAAGAAUUCCCAUUCAAGGAAAGCAACCUUCAUGUAGAAGGAGAUACCUCAGGCAAAUGAUCAGUUCUUUAUCAGGCAUGAAUUUUACUGAACCAGCCUGGGUAGUGUGAGAGAAAGUACUCCAAAAGAGCUUUCAAUACAGGGAUAGAAUCGUACUCCAGGUAAUGGGCCAAGCUACAACGUAUAAGACCAUUCUUGGGAGAGGGCAAGGUAUAAGACCAUUCUUUCCCAUUCAUUUCUUCCCACAAUAGCUCAGCACUCCAAGUUCCUGUGCUUCCUGUCUAUUACUGUGGAGCUAAACAUCUUUUCAGGUCCAGAACUAAAAGCUUACAUCAGCACUAACAACAACAAAAGUGAUGAUCUGUGGCUGUGUCCGAAAGGCCACCCAUGAGCUCCAUGAAAUCUUAGCUACCAUUUACCAUUAAAUGCCUGCCCCCAUAGAGCUGAACUGUGUGCUCACUAAAGAGUAUGCUGGCGCCUGUCUGGGAAGUAUCUUGCUGUUCAAUCAUUUCCUUCACUGACCUCUCCCAUCUUGGGUCAGCCCAGGGUGUUUGAAAUAACGAUCCCUUGAGAAAAGUGUUAGCAGCUGGUGGGGGUGGGGGAGGUAAAACAGCUUAGGCAAGAAAACAGAAUGGUUGCUAAUUUAGAUAAAUUGCAUUGUUAGUCUCAGCGAGAAAGAAGGACUUGGAGCGAUUUGCAUUAUACCCUGUCCUUGUGCUAGGUCUACACAGUCCUGGGUUUUAUCACAAAAAGAGCAAGCAUUUUGUGUGUGUGCUACUAAUUGAAUUUUGAUUUUGGACCUUGAAUCCUUUAAUAAAUAACAGCCAUUAAAUUUGAAUGUGCUAACGUGACAAAGAUGCCAAUAGAGUGAAAAGGAUGCAGUGACAUAUUGGUUGCUGUCAAGUUAGGAAUCCAGCAGGGCACAUGAAACAUUUAAGAUCUGGUUACUUCCCAUGAGUGGAUUGGCAGAGACUUUGUCAGCUCUCAGGAUGGCAGAGUUUUGGUUUAGUUCAUUUUGCAAGUUGAAGAGACAGGAAUUUGUUUUAUCUUAAUUUGCAAGUAUCAGAUAAAAGAUAAAUGGCUUAGUAUCAGAGUUUAAAGUGAGCCACUUUCAUAGCCCCGCAGUUCUGAGCACACAGAGAAACCCAACUAAUACAUACAGAAAGCUGAUCCUGCUUGCUGCUGCAACUCCAUUCAUUUCAGUGAAGUUACUCCUGCUUUCUUCUGGAUCUAUUGUGAGAUCAGUAUCCAACCCAAAGAAGUACCCUCUCCAGUGUUCAUGUUCAUAUGUGUGCAUGCUGAAAUAAACAUCCCUAUGUCUAUAUGUAGAAGAAGGAAAAAAAUAUACAUAUGUCCCUGGAUCAUUAAUGGGGGCAGCUAAGUUUCCUUCCAUCUGCAGUUUGUGUUGGAUGUUAUGACUCAUUCCAGAUAUUUAGAUCAUAACUAGUUCUAGAAGCCACCAGCUUUCUCCAGGUACUUCCUUUCCUAAAACACUAUCCCAAAGUUUCCCUAGGUGAGAGCAAGUUUCAGUCAAGUUGAUGUUAAAACUCUUGCAAAGCCAAGAUUUCAUUCAGUAAGUAUAUGCCUUCUCUGCCGUUAAGGAGCCAGUUUUGACAGAUCCUUGAGCAUAGGCAACUGGUAAGGGAUACCUGUUGCCCCCCCCGACAGCUGACAAUGAUGCUGUCGGUAGGGCUGGUACCCCCUCUGACAGGGCCGCUGCCGUUGGUGGCUUCUCGGUGCCCUCCCCAGAUUCAAGAGGCACCAGUCACUCGUGUCCUUGAGCAUAAGUUUCAGACAGAUUUCAUUGCAUUUAUCAUGAUGCCUAUCCAUUAUGAGAUGUAGAAGUCAUCUUCACUAGUUAUCCACUAAGUUGUUCUUUUUGAUCUAAGUUUCUGGAGCUCACAAGGUACAAAAUUAAGCUUCAAGAAAGGUCUCAGAUGACCUGAAUAUUCUUACCAUGAACAAAUACUGAAGUGAUACAUACCCUGGUGCUGCUUAAAAAUCUUAUCCUGCAAAGUGCUGAGUAUCCUAAAUCCUGCUGAAGUGAAUUGGAUUUGAAGGUUUGCUGCACCUUGAAAAUCCAACCCUGUGGAAGAUGAGAGUGCUAAGCCUGCUACAGGACGGAGCCCUAAGAAGAUGUAAUGGGGGGAUAAUAAUUGGGCUUCAUUAUAGAAUCAAAACCAAUUAUUAACAUGUCUUUGUUAACAGUGUAAAUAACAUACCCUGGAGGUAUUGCUGUAAAUCUAAAUCAUAAGCUUUCUUUAUGGUCAUUUUUAUUAUCAUUAGAUUUAUUGUUAGCACAUUUAACGUCUGUAGUGGUUAUGUAAAUAUAUUUUUUAUGAUAAAAUUAGUUUCAUGGCAUAUACUUGCAGCCCACCAGGCUGUCUUUUAGUGGGCAGAGCAUCCAAACUGGGACUGAGGAUGCCUGACAUCUACUCCUGGCUUUCGUGCUGGCAUGCUGGGCAAUCUUGAGAAACUAAUUGCAUACGUCUAUGCCUCAGUUUCCCCAUUUUCAAAAUAAGGAUAAGGGUAUUGAUCUCCUUUGUCAAGAGCCUUGAGGUCUCCACAUGAUAUAUAAUAUUAUAAGAAUAAGGUAUUUAUCUAUAAUGUAUGUGCAAUAUAGGUCCCUGAUUUCAGCAUGUAUCGUUGUUUGUGCUCUUAUGACCUUGCAUGUACAGUCUCCGUGCACUGUCACCCAAUACAUGUAUUAAAGAAUCCAUCUUCACAAAA